AUGGUGGAACACGAUAAGUGUAACUCUUACUUGAGGACAAUUAGAGUCUUGCGAGUUUCACUUGUCGAUGAACUGGAGGACCGGAUUGACUACCUGCUGGAAAUCCUCGUAUCAAAGGAAGUGUUCACCCGAGAUGACCGUGAGGAGGUGCUGUGCCAUCUGGGGCCACGGGCAAGAGUCCGAAAAGUGCUGGAUAUCCUUGAGUGUAAAGGCGCGGAAGCAGCCAAGACAUUUAUCUCCAUUAGUAGUCAUCUCCAAGACACACAGACACACUCCAGAGAAAACAAUACACAUCAGCUGCAGUCCACAGAGUACAACAAAGCAAAACAAAAGCAUAAAGAAGUCCUUAGGCGCAGGAGUGAGAGCAUGCUCUACUACAACACCAGACAUGGAGAGAAAAUCCUUUUUGCUGAACAUUAUGUCAAUCUCCUCUUGGUCAAUGGCCACCAGGGCUUAGACCUAAAAAGACAUGAGGUGCUUGCUUUUGGACAAAAGCGACUGUCUUUGCAGCAGAAGUCUACAGUUCAUAGGAAAAUCACACCUGCCGAACUCUUUCUAAAUGCAACUGGACAGCGUCCUGUGAAGAAAGUUUUGGUGACAGGUGUGGCUGGCAUUGGAAAAACAAUCCUGGUGCAGAAGAUGCUACAUGACUUUGCGAAUGACAAGAACCAUCUUGACUUUGACUUCAUAAUCCACAUGACCUUUAGAGACCUGAAUCUGAUCAACAAACCCACAAACUUCCGAGAGUUGGUCUUGCGUAAAAACAAGCACCUGGCUAGGGAGCUGGACAACAUUUUGGCAAAUGACAGCAGGCUGCUGGUCAUUUUGGACGGCUUUGAUGAGUUCAGACAUUACAGGAGCUGUGAUGUGGACGUCUUCGUCAGUGAGCCAGAGGAAGAUGGCGAAGUGGUUGAGGUCUUUGCGAGCCUGAUGCAAGGCGAACUGCUGCCCAAUUCCUCUGUCCUGCUCACAAGCAGACCUGCAGCUUUCAGCCACAUCCCUGUGGGCUGCAUUGACCGCUUUGUGCUCAUUGCCGGCUUCUCCUUGACUGAGGUGCAAGACUUCUUCCAACGUUACUUCCAAGAGACGGUCCUCGCUGAAAGGAUGUUUGCAGUGGUAGCAGCAAAUGAACUCAUGCUGACACUGUGCUACAUACCUGCAUUUUGCCACAUUGUUUGCUGCAUCCUCAAAGAAAGCAAACAUGUCUGUGGAGAAAGCCCCAAGACCAUGACAGAUAUUUACGUGCAGUAUCUGGUGGCCUUGCUCCGCUCUCACACCCAAGACAGGGCUGAAACGUUUUGCAAGGACCAAGGAGCAGGGGCCUUGAGCCAGCUCUCCGAUGUGGUGCUGAAGCUGGGUCGACUCGCCUUCUUCAAGCUGAUGGACCAUCAAACACUUUUCUACAGCAGCGACCAAGAUGUUGCAAGUCUGGAGGAAUGCAGUCUGGUGAGUACAUUCCUAGACAAGACAGUGGCACAACAGCCCGGCUGCACUGAGGACGUGUACUCCUUUGCGCACCUUACCGUUCAAGAGUUCUUCGCUGCAGUUUUCUGUGCAAUGACGGAUCAGCCAUUUCCCGAUGCUCUUGAGCGCAAAGCCAGUCCAGGAGAGGAGACAAACAGUGGCCACUUGGACCUCUUCCACCGCUUCCUCGCUGGAAUCCUCUCUGAACGCAACGCCAAGCUUUUGUCAAGGCAAGUGGGACUGCAUUGCCACGGUGAUAAGGUGGAAAGCUAUCGUCAGAGGAUGGUCAGAGAAGUCACGGCUCUGUGCGAGAAUGGGGCCUACGUGCUGAAUUAUUUACACUGCCUGUUUGAGCACCAGGACCCCUCACUGGUCCUUGCGGUACAACCAAACACACUGCGACUUAAUGUCAGUGAUGAAACGCUCUCCCUCAUGGACUAUAAUGCCAUCAAGUAUUUCCUGAACCUGACAGAAGGGAAAAUAUCAGAGCUGGAUCUGACUGGGACAGAUGUAAGUUCUGAGGCACUUCGAGAUCUUCAGCCCCACCUGCUCAGAUGUGAGCGUCUUUGGCUUGGAGAAAAUAGUCUUGAUAUGUGUGCAGUUCAGGUCCUUGCUGAUGUGCUGCAAGUGACAGACAAUUUGACCUACCUAGGGCUUGGAUGGGCAAAUAUUGGGGAUGAGGAGCUGCUGGCUCUGUCCAAUGCCAUGAGAAAGACGAAAACACUCAAAGAACUGUGGAUGGAGGCAAACCGAGUGACCUACACAGGUCUGCUGUCACUGAAGGACCUCACUCCAUAUCCUCUGAGUAAAGUUGUCGCCAUAUGGAACAACUUGACCGAUGAGGAAGCCGAGUCCCUGUGCGCAGCCUCUGAGGAGGGAAGCUUUGCUGUGACCUUCACAGAUGACCUGAUGUGGGAAGAAUGGGGGAAAUGGGUGUUUGGCAGGUGUGAGGUCAGCAGCGACGAGAAGCUGGUCAUGGUGCUCCGCAACGUGUGCAACAUAUCAAUCCACUGUUUGGAAAGCUUGUGGGCGAAGGCCUUCUACCAGAGACUCUCACAGCUCAUCAAGAGCAGGAUAGAGCGCUGCACCGAGGACGACAUGCGCAAGAAGCUGGAGAAGUUUGACAGCAUUUUGAGUUUAUGA